GGAACGGGGAAGUGACUCUGCCUCUGUAUUUGGCACUGAUGAUGCCACACCUGGAGUGCUGUGCUCUCAGUUCCAGGGCACCGAGGGGCUGCAGCGGGUGCAGAGUAACUAUGGGAGGGCAGCACCGCCGGGCAGACGGGUGUUGUCAGACUGGGGGUUCUGUGUGCGAGCCUUCUCCGCAGGGAAACCCGGAGGGGUGUUCCGUGUCGGCGGCUGAGAGCGGGGCCGGGAGCGGAGCAGGGACGGCGGCCGGGAAUGGGGCGGGAAACGAGGCCGGAAGCAGGAGCGGUGAUGGGUAUCGCGAUCGGGGCAGGGAUCCGAUCCGCUGCCUCCGCCGGGCCCCCAGAGGGCGCUGCCCGGUGCCCGUGAGGCCCCGCGGGCGGCGGUUCCGGCGGGUCCGGUCGCGGCCUCCCCACGUGUGCCGAGAGCGCGGGGCUCCCGCUGCCGCUGCCGCGAUGUCGGUGCCGGCUGCUGCCAGCAACCUGCCCAUGCGGCUGCUCCGCAGGAAGAUCCACAAGCGCAACCUGAAGCUGCGGCAGCGCAACCUGAAGCUGCGGGCGGCCCAGGGGACAGUGCCCUCGCCGAACGAGGCGGCUUCUCAGGGACCCCCGGAGGAGGAGGAGGUGGAGGAAGCGGCGGUGACACAGGAGGAUGCAGCGGCCGAGGAGGGCGCGGAGCCUGCGGACGGAGCCGGACCCCGCAGCGGGGAAAAGAAGAAAAAGAAGAAGAAAAAGAGAAAAGCGGUGGCCAACGGAGGAGAUGAAAUAGAAACCAAAAAAGCAAAAACUAAAGAAGAUGAAGCUGCAGAGAUAGAAGAUGGAGAUAAACAGGACUCUGGAGGGAAAGAAGUGGAAGAGGAGGAGGAUGAAGUGCCCAGUUUGCCACUAGGUGUAACAGGUGCUUUUGAAGACAAUUCCUUUGCUUCCCUGGCUGGUUCUGUCAGUGAGAAUACAUUGAAAGGCAUAAAUGACAUGGGCUUUACACACAUGACUGAAAUUCAACAUAAAAGUAUUAAGCCUCUUCUGGAAGGCAGGGAUAUUUUAGCAGCUGCAAAAACAGGCAGUGGAAAAACACUUGCGUUUCUCAUUCCUGCAGUAGAGCUCAUCUACAAGCUGAAAUUCAUGCCUAGGAAUGGAACAGGUGUUAUUAUUCUUUCUCCUACCCGAGAGCUGGCCAUGCAAACCUACGGAGUUCUUAAGGAACUUAUGAAUCAUCACGUUCAUACCUAUGGUCUGAUAAUGGGGGGUAGUAACAGAUCAGCAGAAGCACAGAAGCUUGGAAAUGGAAUCAACAUCAUUGUAGCCACACCAGGAAGAUUGCUGGAUCAUAUGCAGAACACUCCAGGUUUCAUGUACAAGAACUUGCAGUGUUUGGUAAUUGAUGAGGCAGAUCGAAUCUUGGAGGUUGGAUUUGAAGAAGAAAUGAAACAGAUCAUAAAACUUUUACCAAAGCGCAGACAGACAAUGCUUUUCUCUGCCACACAAACCAGAAAGGUGGAAGACCUAGCCAAGAUCUCUCUGAAGAAAGAGCCACUGUAUGUUGGGGUUGAUGAUAACAAGGAGACAGCAACUGUAGAUGGUCUGGAGCAGGGUUAUGUGGUCUGUCCAUCUGAAAAAAGAUUCCUUUUGCUCUUCACAUUCCUCAAGAAGAAUAGGAAGAAGAAACUGAUGGUAUUUUUUUCUUCAUGUAUGUCAGUGAAGUACCACUAUGAAUUACUCAACUACAUUGAUCUGCCUGUUUUGGCCAUUCAUGGCAAGCAGAAGCAGACCAAACGUACUACAACGUUUUUCCAGUUCUGUAAUGCAGAGUCUGGGAUACUGCUGUGCACUGAUGUGGCUGCCAGAGGACUGGACAUUCCUGAGGUUGACUGGAUUGUCCAGUAUGACCCUCCAGAUGAUCCAAAGGAAUAUAUCCAUCGUGUUGGUAGGACUGCCAGAGGAAUAAACGGUAGAGGACAUGCUCUGCUCAUCUUAAGACCAGAAGAACUGGGCUUCCUUCGUUACCUCAAACAAGCCAGGGUACCACUAAGUGAAUUUGAGUUUUCUUGGUCAAAAAUCUCAGACAUCCAGUCUCAGCUGGAAAAACUGAUAGAGAAGAACUACUUCCUUCACAAGUCAGCCCAGGAGGCUUACAAAGCUUACAUCAGAGCUUAUGACUCCCAUUCUCUGAAGCAGAUCUAUGAUGUCAAUAAUUUGGAUCUUCCCAAAGUCUGCCUUUCGUUUGGUUUUAAAGUUCCUCCAUUUGUUGACCUCAAUGUGAACAGCAACCAUGGCAGAAGACUACAGAAGAGAGGUGGAGGUGGGGGAUUUGGCUAUCAGAAAUCAAAGAACGUCCACAAAGCAAAAAUCUUCAAACACAUCAGCAAGAAAUCUGACAAUCGGCAGUUUUCUCGUUAAUUCUGGCCAAUAAAAUGCCUUGGAGUAGCCUACCUUGAUCAAAGCCAUCUGGCAGUUACUUCUAAUUUAAACAGCUCCUUUCCCAUUUUUAGGUCUCUUUAAGGAUUUCUUUCUUUUCUGGAAACAUCACCUUUUUCACUUCAGGAAGAGUCUUCAGAGCUGUGGCUAAAGGAGAAUAUGGCCAGGGAAUUUUGCCAUACUGGUUGUAAGGAAGAAGAUUAUUUUAAUUACCUGAAGUCAAUACUACAGAGAUUUUUAUUAAAGAAAGAGAGAAUACCUUUAGGUUUUAUAGAAGAAUUUGCUUUACAUUUACCCUUCUUUGUAUGCAUACCUCUGAAAAUUGUUAGAGUGGACAACAUAAGGACGUUGUGAGAUAAAAAAAGGUUUUGCUCACAUGAAUCAUUGCAAGGGAUUUUAAUGCUACAGAGCUCUGCUUUGGCCAUCAAAUAUGCUGAAGAAUAUAAGAAGAUUCCUUUAGAACUGAACCAUGGAUGAAUAAUUAAGGCUGUAUGAGCUUGUGAAUAAUUUCAGACAUGGUAUCCAUAUAACAAGUACAGUGUCCAAAAUAAAACAAAUAUCUUACAUCA